AUGGCGAACGACCAGAUCGCUAUGCAGGAGCCCGAUGUCAGGCGUGACAUGAGCCAGAACGAGGAGAAUGUAUUCCACGCCCUCCUUCACCCGGACGAUCUCUACGAUGCACAGGGGACAUACUGGGCCGACAUGCCCUUCGUCCAGCGAUGCAAGUUUGUGGCUGCUGUUGACGCGGCAGAAGCGAAAGAGGAGGCCAGCUUCUUUUGGCAGAUGUUCAAGAAGAACCCGCUGAGUCCCAUCAGCCAUUACUUCAAGAAUUGUGUGAUUCCCGGCGCUGGUCUCGGUCUGGAAGGAUAUGUGUUGUUCUCAAUCGGCAACGUCAGACCGCUUCUCCAGGCUUCCUUUGGGUCAUGCUGGAAGACAUUUCACAUCUGCAACCAAACCUGGACAGAGGCCAUUGACUACCUAGAGAUUUGCGGUAUCAUUGUCGGUCAAAUCCUUGUAGGCAUUAUCGGUGACUGGCUGGGCCGUCGUCAUGGUCUUAUUCAAGAUGCUAUCAUCAUGUUCGUCGGGCUUUUGAUGCUCACUGCCGCUUGGGGUGUCACCCAAAACGGCUGGGUCAUCUGCUAUGUCUGGGCUCUCUUCUUCUACGGCAUAGGAGUUGGAGGCGAAUAUCCCAUGACUGCGACAGCUGGUAUGGAGAAUGCCGUCGGUUCUGGAAAGGUAUCGACCAAGGAUGACCGACUUCACCGAGGCCGAAAAGUGACGAGUGCCUUUUUGAUGCAAGGUUGGGGCCAGUUCUUCAACCAGGUCAUUCUCAUCGUCCUGCUUCUGAUCUUCAACUCUGGAUCGGCGCCGCCCUACUCGAAGAAGACUACUCAGUACACCUACCGCCUGUCGUUCGCAAUCCCAGCUAUCGGUACUGCGUGGCUCGUCUACUACCGUUUCUUCAAGAUGAAGUCAGCGUCAAAGCAGCUCAUGCUGUCGAAGAAGAAGGCCAAUGUCACGGGAUACGAUAUGGAUUCCCUUAAGCUCACCUUCACUUACUUUGGACCACGUAUCAUCGCUACUGCUGGUGCAUGGUUCGCGAACGAUGUCUUCUUCUACGGCAACAAGCUCUUCCAGGCUGAAUUCAUCAAGGUCAUUACGCCAGGUAGCACCUCAGUCAUGACUGGAUGGUUGUACAACCUGAUCAACGUCGGUGUAUCUCUUUGCGGCUACUAUCUUGCCUCGCUUCUCAUCGACAACAAGCUUUAUGGCCGUAAGUGGAUGAUGAUUGUCGGCUUCAUGGCCGAUUUCAUUCUCUUCAUCAUCCCAGCUUUCAAUUACGAGUACUUCACGAGGCCCGAGAACAUCCACGCUUUCCAGGCCAUGUACUUCCUGUCGUCAUUCUUUAACCAGUUCGGACCCAACAGUGUUACCUUCUUGGUCGCUGCCGAGGUCUUUCCCACGCCUGUCCGAGCCACGGCUCACGGAUUCUCUGCUGCCGCAGGUAAAGCCGGUGCCCUUCUCGCCUCGGUUCUUUACAACUACAUCGACACCCAGACUAAGUUCUACUUCGUCCCAUGGUUCGGCCUCAUGGGUGCUCUUCUGACCUGGUUGUUCCUCCCGGAUACGACUGGUCUCGACUUGAAGGAGCAGGAACGUCGCUGGGCAUUUAUCCGCGCUGGCAAGGAGCACGACUACCACGGUAUCGCGAUCCACUGGAAGCAUCUGUCAUGGUGGGAGCGCAUGCGUGGACAGCACAAGUUCUACGACGCCAAGCUCGACUACCAGAUGAAGAUUGAUGAGCUACGCGCAGACUGGGUCGAGCGCCAGCAACACAAGUUCUCUGAGAAGAACGGCUGGGAGGAUAUCGAAGCUGAUGAGGAGGUCGGUGCCGAUGUUCACAAGUACUUUGUGGAGACUACGCCCAGGCCAGGAUCAGCGGGGAGAGUGAACCAGCAGUACAACGAGAAGAGCGAGACGGAUAGCAGCCGUAGCGCUGAUGUCGCGAAGACGCACUGA